ACCAUGAGCGUCCCGGAUAGCUUCCGUCUUCCCAAGUUCUGCAGAGACGAGGGAUUUGGGUGUCGGUUCGCCCCUCGCCCUCCGUUGCCUUUCGCCCCCGGCAGCGCGGUACAAGGGCCGCUAUGAGUAGCAGCCAGCAACGCACCCACUUCAAGCCACGCGAUUUACAGGUAGAUAAUGGCAAACUCCCAAAGAUCUCUUGUGUUCCAAAAUGGAAACAUACCACUUUUCAGCCAAUCCCAAAAGAAAGAAAAUUGCCAUUCCUGACACCUGAUAAUAAAUUCCUGGAUGGUAAAGGAAAAUUAUUUGAAAGUGAACCAUUUAUGGAUAGUUGGAAAAAUGCGGUUUUAAAGACAAAAAGAAUUAAACAAGCAGAGUAUGCCUCUGCAUAUGGCUUGAGUGAUUCCAAUGAAAAUACUGCAAUGCAGUGUCUUUCUCAGAGUACGGAAGAAUAUCCUGCAAUACCAAACUCCCUUCCUGUUAUACAAAAGACACAAAGUUGUGCUGAUCAAUUUCCAAGCAGCUCUGAUAGUAAUGAAGAUUCCAGAUUGCCACCUUUAUAUUUGCUUCCAACUACUCUUUCCCAAAGUUUUUUUGAAGGCAACUACAAAAGCAGGGGAGACAUUGCCAUGGGACAUCCAACCAAAAAAGAGGUGCCUUGCAUAUCAGCACCUCUGAAGAACUCUGAACCACACCGUCAAGCUGGAGCGUUGGAUGCUGUGAGGUUGAAGAAACUCAAUAGGUGUUCCAGACUGGCUUCAUUUCCAGGAAGGGUCAAGUACAGGACUGGUUACCAAUUUGCUGAUCCUGUCAGUGGAGCCACAUCUCAGUUCCUUCAGAGGCUUGCUGAAUUAGCCGCUCUUGAAUGCACAACCAUUCAUGAGGAGAAAACCAAAAAAAUAAGGAAGACUAAGAAACAAGAGACAUAGAACUAGAUUGUGCAAGGAGCAGGCUCCUUUGCAAUUAGAUGUUUUUGAUCUCCUUUAACAUGUUGUGUUGAUCAGUGAAUCACAAUUAAUGUAAAAGAAAAAAUUGAUGUUUAAUAAAUAUAUUAUCAUGAUUACAUUGUCCAAACUAAAUUGUUUAAAAAUUGGUUACUCAAAAAUGGAGGAAAAAACCCAACUUUCAACCACAUCUAAAUGCAUACAUCCUUCUCUAAACUACAUUCAAAGCAUGUUUCAGACUCCCAGCAAGCAUGACCACCUAGCCAUAAUACUAUGCAAACCUAGUCACUGAAAUUAGCUAAAUAUGCAAAUUUAUUUUUAUUCCUGGAGACUGCCAAGGCUAGUUUUGUUUUGUUUCAGAAAUGUUUUUCCACUGUCUCCUUCCUAGGUGAAGUGAUUGGACCAAGGUCACCCAGUUGGCUUUGUGCUAAGGUGGAACUGUGUUUUGGCUUCCAACUUUAUGCCUUAACCACUACACCAGACUAGUUCUCUACUAAAUUAUAACUUUGGACAGCAAGAUGGGCAGCAUAGAAAUUUAAUAAAUAAAACUUAUCUAUAGAUCGGUCUUGCCUGCAAUAAUGCAAAGAUCAUAAACCUAAUCAUAAAUCUAGAAUACUGAAUAUGAGUAGAUUUUCUUGUCCAUUUCCUGCAAUUAGUUGCUUCAGAUCUCUAAAUCCUGAACACAUUUCUGAAGUAUUCCUAACCAUUCCAUUGCUAAUGGCUUUAUUCAUGCACACCACCAUGGUUGAGCUUGCUAAAGCAGCCUAGGGAUAGAAA